AUGAACCUUAUCAGUGUUGUACAGGACUUGCCCAACUUGAAAAAUAUCAAUCUUGGCUUCUCCAAAAAUUUGAUUAGUACCCCAGAUUUCAGUGGUGUUCCAAAUCUUGUGAAGUUGAAUCUUUUUGAAUGUAAGAAUUUAGUUGAGAUACACCCCUCUAUUGCAGUCCUCAAAAGACUUAAAGUUCUAAACCUUGCAUGGUGUGAAAGCAUUAAGAGCCUCCCAAGUGCGGUUGAAAUGGAUUCUCUAGAAUCUUUAUAUCUUAGUGGCUGCUCAAAUGUGAAAAAGAUUCCAGAAUUUAGGAAGCAGAUGAAGAAUUUAUCCAAGCUUCACUUAAGCGGGACUGCAAUUGAGAAAAUGCCUUCAUCAAUUGACCAUUUGGUUGGCCUUAAGGAUUUGAAUCUAUUUAAUUGCAAAAAUCUCUUGAACCUUCCUGGGGCUAUUUGUAAUUUGAAGUCUCUUAGACGCCUCUAUGUGGGAAAAUGCUCAAAAAUUCACAAACUCCCAGGAGACAUGGAUCACUUGAGGCUCUUGGAUUGGAAGCCACAUUGA